AUGCAGUUCUCCGCCAUCAUCGCCCUCUUCGCCACCCUGGCCGUCGCCGCGCCCGCCCAGGAAGCCGCCGAGUACUUCGACGGCCCUUGCACCGCCGGCGUCACCAACAACAUCCCCAAGUGCUGCGGUGCCGGCAUCCUCGACCUCCUGUACCUCGACUGCGAGACUCCUCGGGAGGUCUCCUCCAUCCUCAACCCCCUGGACGCCAUCUGCGCCCGCCAGGGUCUCCAGGCCAAGUGCUGCACCCUCGGCAUUGCCGAUCUCGGUGUUCUGUGCCAGGAUGCUCUUCCCGAGUAA